AUGGCAACUAACUUAACGGGGCAGAUUCUCAUUGCCUCCCUUUGUCUGCUGGUUUUCGUUCUGCUAUGUCCUUGGUUUGGCUAUCUCAGGUUACCAUCAUCUAUGCGGUGGUGGCCAUCAAUUCCUCGUGAACCUCUCUGUGCUCUUAGAAUAAGUCUCAAGGAAUGCAUAGGGUCCAGAUCCAGUGAGGGUGGCUAUAGAGAGUUCUCCAAAAAGGCAGAACCAUUCGCAGUCUGCAACCCGAGCUUCUAUCCACAAGUCCUGCUACCACCAGAACAAAUCCCAUGGCUCCUAAGCCAACCAGAAACUGUCUUGUCCCACGAAAAAGCCAACGAAGAUGUCCACGCCCUUCCAUUCCUCGCCCCGGCAUUCGACAACUACGACCAUCUCGAACUGAUCAGAGCCAUCCGGAACGAUCUUACCCGAAAUAUUGCAAACACCGAAGACGCGUUUCUAGAUGAACUAAGAUAUACCACCGAUGAAGUGCUCGGCCCUCCUGGUGCCAGUGCAUGGAAGGAGGUUAAUCUCACUGCAGCUUUAGACAGGAUUAUAUUUGGGAUAUGUCUUCGCCUCUUCCUCGGAGCCUCACUUUGUAGAAGUGCAAAAUUUGUAUACUAUGUCAAGAUGUUUACACGCAUCACGGGGGCCAUGAUGCUUUUCGUGUCUCAAUUAGUCCCCUGGCCGCUUAAACCCGUUGUUGGUGUUGUUGCCGGUCUUCCUAUCUAUUAUUACUGGAUACGUCUUAUUAUUUACCUGUAUCCGACAUUCAAAGAACGCAUACAAUGCCUCAGAACCAGGAAAGAGACUCCGCCAGCAGAUAUGGUUACAUGGAUGGUCGAUCUGGCCAUGUGCCAGAAUCCGACACGCAAAGUACAUAUCAGUGCUCUGAUAGUUCGGCUUACCCUUAUUGUAUUCCUCCCCAUCGACGUCCUCAUCGCAAUGACAGAAAACUUCUUCCUCGACCUCCUAAGCUCUGACCCAGACCGCAGAUAUUACAACACUCUCCGUCAAGAAGCCGAACUCGCAUUUACAAACCGGGACAAAUCCCAACCCAUCUCACAAUCAAUGCCUCACAUGGAAAGCACCAUUCGCGAAAGUCUCCGUCUGAGUCCCUUAUCCGACCGUAUGCUAUCUCGACGAGUCGUCCAAAAGGGAGGCAUCACACUGCCCGACGGGCAAUUCCUACCUCGUGGAACCUGGCUCGCUGUAGCAGCAGUUGGUGUCCAUCGUGACGAGCAGACAUAUGAAGACCCGGACGAGUAUCGGCCUUUCCGCUUCCUUUCUAUAGAUACUGAAACCCAGGAAUCGAAAGCUAUGCUGGUUCCUGUGACCAGUGAGAAGUUCUUGGCUUUUGGUCAUGGGCGGCAUUCUUGGUAA